AUGGGAAUCUGGAAUAACUAUGAAAAACAUACUGAAAUAAUUGUGUUUGACUGGAACAAAAUUCUUGCAAAGUCCCCAAGGAUGAGAUUCUGUGCCAAAUCAAUGCUUCUAUCUGACUGGCUCUUUCUGGUCUAUGUGUUAAUGGUCUGCUGUAAAUUGUUGUCGGCCUCUAGCCACCAUCCCCGGGGGCACACAGGCCAGCACCAAGUCAAGCAAGGGACAUGUGAAGUUGUGGCUGUUCAUCGUUGCUGCAACAAGAACCGGAUUGAAGAGAGAUCCCAAACUGUCAAGUGUUCCUGCUUCCCUGGGCAGGUGGCUGGGACGACCCGGGCUCAGCCCUCGUGUGUGGAAGCUUCCAUUGUCCUGCAGAAGUGGUGGUGUCAUAUGAACCCCUGUUUGGAUGGAGAGGACUGUAAAGUACUACCAGACUAUUCAGGUUGGUCUUGCAGCAGUGGAAAUAAAGUCAAAACCACAAAG